GUUUUGUGUUUCUCUGCGUCUCUGCUUUCCAACUGCAACUGUGUUGUGAUGGUGGCUGAGGGAAAUCACAGCCCCAUCACUGAAUUUGUGCUCUUGGGAUUCCCUGAGAAGAGGGGCAUCCAGGCUGCCCUCUUUAUGGCCUUCUUGUUGAUCUACGUGGUAACUCUGCUGGGCAAUGCAGGCAUGAUCAUGUUGAUCAGGCUGGACUCCCGUCUUCACACCCCCAUGUACUUCUUCCUGUGCAGCUUGUCCUUCCUCGACAUCUGCUAUUCCUCCUCAAUUACUCCCCGAGUGCUCUCAGAUCUCCCAGCAUCACAGAAAGUCAUUUCCCACUCUGCAUGCCUGGCACAGUUUUAUUUCUAUGCUGUUUUUGCCACCACAGAGUGCUACCUUUUGGCCGCCAUGGCGUAUGACCGCUACGUGGCCAUCUGCAGCCCUUUGCUCUAUGCCUUCUCCAUGUCCAGCAGAGUUUGUUCCCUGCUGGUCGCUGGCUCAUACCUUGCUGGGUUUGUGAAUGCCACCAUUCACACAGGGCUUGCACUGCGGCUGUCCUUCUGCGGUCCCAACCUCAUCAAUAACUUCUACUGCGAUGGUCCCCCUCUCUAUGCCAUCUCAUGCACAGACUCCACCACCAAUGAGAUUGUGAUGUUCCUUGUGGUUGGCUUCAACAUGCUUAUCACCUGUGCGACCAUCCUCAUCUCCUACACCUACAUCCUGCUUGCUGUCCUCAGGAUGCGUACAGCUGCAGGCAAACGCAAAGCCUUCUCCACGUGUGCAUCCCACCUGGCUGCUGUCAUCCUCUUCUAUGCUUCUGCUGCUUCCAUGUACUCACGGCCCAGCUCCAGGCACUCCCAGGACCUGGACAAAGUGGCAGCUGUGUUUUACACACUGGUAAUCCCUGCGGUGAACCCCCUGAUUUACAGCCUGAGGAACAGGGAGGUGAAGGAUGCUCUAGGGAAAGUGAUGGAGAGGAAGCGUGUCUCUGACAAAUAG